CACCCUUUCGUGCUUUUCUUGUUGUAUCUCGGCUGUUGCGAACCAGGAAAUCAUGCGCUGCACAUUUACUGCGCUGGCUACAAUCACUCUUGCGGUUGCUUCGUUACUGUUGUCAAGAACAAUAACUGAGGCCCAUCCGACGCUGAGGAAGCGUGAGCAGCCGGGUGUGCCUGAAACUCCUGAGUUGAAGCUUAAACCGUUGGAAUGGGGCGAUGUUCAGUUCAUUCAUACCACGGACACGCACGGGUGGUUAGCUGGACAUUUGAUGGAAGCAUCUUAUAAUGGCGAUCUCGGCGAUUUCUACUCUUUCGUUGCAAGUGCGCAUGAAAGAACAAGCCAAGCAUUUGAAAAGGGAUUUGUUUGUCGUCGAUACUGGCGACACCCACGAUGGCAACGGACUCAGUGACGUGACAAACCCUUCAGGCAAAGUGAGCCAAGCAAUGCUCAAAAAAAUUCCCUAUGACAUUCUCGCCAUUGGAAACCACGAACUCUAUGUCCACGAAGUCACGGAAGAUGUGUACAACAGUUUCAUGCCAUCCUGGAAUGGUCGAUACUUGGCAUCAAACGUUUACUUUAAAGAUAUCAACAACAACAAGACGGUUCCGCUUGGAAAUAAAUACACCUAUUUCGAAGGUGAAUUCGGCACACGUGUACUAGCCUUUGGUUUCUUAUUCGACUUCACGGGUAACGGAGAUAACUCGGUCGUACAUAAGGUUGAAGACGAAGUACUUGAGCCAUGGUUCACCGAAGCUUUAACGUCGUACACGCCCGAUAUCAUCGCGCUGACGGGGCAUACCGGUAUUCGCUUUGAUGAGUUCAACGUCGCACUUAAGGCAAUCCGUCGGCAUUGUCCUUACAUUCCUAUCGCUGUAAUCGGCGGUCACGUGCACGUGCGCGAUUUCGCUGUUUACGAUGGCUGGGCUGCAGGCAUUGCCUCUGGUCGAUAUUUAGAGACAGUCGGAUUCUUUUCUAUUGAGGGCAUUAAAAAGCAUACACUUUUCAUUGAUAAGCACAACGGUUUCAAUGCUACCGACUUAACGCCAAGCAACCUCACGUUCCAUCGUCGCUACCUCGAUCAAAACCGCAAGACCUACAUAUACCAUGCAGUGAAUGGCAAAGAAAAGAAGUUUGAUACUCCCCUCGGAAAGGAAAUCACAAAAAAUAUCACAUACUGGCGCGAAGAACUUGGCAUUGCACAAGCCCUGGGAUGCUCACCACAGGAUUAUUAUCUGUCUGCAGUAGAGCCAACGAGCGAGAAUAGCAUUUUUAAGCUCACAACCCAAGAGGUUCUACCCAAGGCUGUCGCUGACCCUAAUCGUCCUUACCCUGCCCAAAUUAUCGUCAACAGUGGCAUGUUGAGAUAUGACAUUUACCAAGGCAACUUUACCCUUGACAAUGUCUAUCAAUUGUCACCUUUCGUUGAUCAUUUCUAUUAUAUGCCCGGUGUACCGUAUUAUGCUGCUGCUCAGGUACUAGAUAGACUCAAUGGAGACAAUGCAGCAAGUAACUAUCGACGCAAACGUAGCAUUCAAAUCGUCUAUGACAAUGUGCGUACCUGUGAUCGCCAAUCGAUACGUCAUGAAGCUCGUUUGACGCCAGGAUACACAACGAAGGAUGAUCUUGGUACAGAUGGCGAUGAUACCACACAUAGUGAGAUUUCGUACUAUGAUGCAAAAGCUUUUGUUGGGACAGAUAUGCCUCCUUCUGAUAAUUCAUCGUCACUGGUUGAUCUGGUUUUUGUCGACUUUAUCCAAUCGAUCGUUGAAUCAGUAAUAUAUGAUUUAACUGGUCAAAACUAUACCGUGGAUACUACCUAUGGAAAUCCCAACAUCACAUCAAGCACCAUGUGGAUCGAGUUUGCCGAGAAUCAUUGGGCUGACAACUGUUAAACCUAGCGUUGCCUUGUUUAUCUGUACUAAUGGUAUAUAUAGACACUUAAUUUGAUUACUACCUUUGGCUUGCCUUGUUUUUAUCAUUAUAUGUACAGUUGCUUAUUCAGUAUGUUUCUACAACGUAGUUAAAUAGGAGAAACGCUGACACGUUGCAUAAGUCGCUCUUAUCAUCGAUCAAAUUUGUGAUGUAUUUUGAGCCGUAGGCGUAUAAUGUGCAUGGGAUGAUAUUUAGUACAACAUCCUUGAACUUUCAGUUUAUUUUUUUUUGGUACGGCAAACUCGUUGUUAGUGCCAUAGUCACUGCUUGAUUAUCUAUAAUAGUACAAAUUAGUAUGUAGUUGCUUCAGCUGCUGGCAAAUCAUCGUUGGAUGCUCUUUUU